AUGAUGCGUUGCGCUGUGUUUGUAUUAUUGUUUGUUUCUUUUGUGAAGGCCGAUGAUGACUGGGAUGAUUUUACGAAUAACCUUGCCACGGACUUGGCACCAUUAAUUACAUUAUUCGGCGAACGACUGACGAAACAAUUCCUGUCCGAGUCGAUCAGCGCACUCGAUAAUGUCAUUUUUGCUCUCUCGCCACUGGGCGUGUUGACGGCUGUUGUUUCUGUUAUUCGGAUUUGCGGGAGUUCGUCACUCAGAGCCUUUGUUGGGCGCGCGCAGGAGGGUCCGGCCGAGGCUGAAAUGGAAUUAUUGCCUUGUGUGUCGGAGUCGACUGCUGAGCUCUUCAAUGAUGGCGGUGUUGCGCGAGUCCUUGGCCGGCCGAAGAUUGUGGAGAUUGUUUGUUGGCAGGAUGAGAAGAAUGGUGAGGUUUCGACAAGAAUUGGUACCAUGAAUGAGGCUCUUGAGGAAGGUGUUUGGUCUUGUAGGGGCAAGACUGCGCCGAGUGAACUGCCGGAAUUGGAUAUUCCAAAUUUGUCAUUGAAUAAAGGGAUCAAACGGCGGGGUCAGGGUUGGUUUUAUUGUGCUGCAGUGCUUGGAGGUGUGCUCCAGAGUGGAACCAUCAUCUACGCUGCCCUCACAGUAUUUGUGUUUCCACAGCAUUUCAAGAAAGAUGACAAAGCAGUUGCCUCAUAUGCCUUUCCAUUCUAUUUCAUCGGCACAACCCUCUUAUUCAUCGGAAUGUUCUUCUGCGCCUUCAUAAUGGAACGCUCGUCCAAAGAGUUCUACCUGAAACCCAAAAAGGCAAGCAAGAUAUACUGGUUACAACCAGGCAACCAAGACGUGGGCGAUCAAGCCUUCAACACAUUCCUUGCCGUUAAAGAAAACCCCGACGAAUACAUCAAGUCCGUCAGAGACCACAGGUUCGACAGAAAGUACACAGAAAUCUACUCCACACUCGCAUCAACACUCCUAGGAUUCAUUCUCCAGUUCGUUGGCCUGAGAGGUCUCCACGCCUCUGUCAUCCUAGCUCAGCUCGGAUCGACGUUUCUAAUGGCUGUUAUACGGACGUGUCUGCGGACCGAAAGAAUGGCACCAGGUGAAAACAAAAUGCGGGAUGAUCGAGAUCUCACAUCUGACAAGAAACAGGAGUUGGAUUGUUUUGCUUUUCAUCUGUUGAAUGUGGACUCUUUCGAUCUUGUUCCGCUUCCUGAUAGAUCAGCGAAUAUUUCAUCGCCUUGUCUCGCGCCUCUUGGGAAUCCCUUGGCAAAACAACUUAUUCAAACGAGAGUACAAUUGGCGAGGUUGACUUCGAACUCGAAUCAGAGUAUGAAUGUUAAUUGGGAUGAUAUGCCUAUUCGUCAGGUUUCUAGAAAGCUCGCUAAGGUGAUUGAGUCUACAAUGGACCUGUUGAGUGAUUGGGGUGUUGAUUUUGGGACGACGUUCGAGUUUCGACUUGGUUUUGCUUGUGCGGAAGUCGAUUCAACAAGCAUACCUGAGCCACCUGGGACAUAUUCGAUUGGUCUCAUGCGAUCUGGCGACGUUCUGAGGUGGAAGGUAGAUGCCAAUGAGCUCGAGGCUGUGCUGGGCUUAUGGGUAUGGUCGCUCGUUAAGUCUAAUGAGCAUUGGAGAGAACCUGACACUACGUUUUGUCGCCUCAUUGGAUUGGACGGGAAUGAGGCAAGUCUUGAGCAGACAUACUUCUAUUUCCAUAAGUGGAUCUUUCGACAAACUGAGGCAAGACUGGUUAGCCCUGAUGCGAUUCAUUACACGCAACGACUGUUCAUGCCUGAGCCCGAAGACAAUUUGUCCGAGAAGACGGUCUUGACUAUGAGAACAUCAAGUCCACUUGAAUGUCUGGUAGCUCAGAAUAUCUUUGUACACUUCCUCAACGAAGCUAUGGCCAGUAUGAAAGAGCUUGGUGGGGACGUUGAUGUUGUUCCCGGUAUCCAAGCUUCAUUCUUGUGCCACAACACUCGCAUCAAUGAGUUGGUUUCCGCAUUUGAAGAGUCAGACCUUGGGACAAGGGAAGAUGGACUCUUGUGCAUUGUUCCAGCGCUGAAGAAACGAUCGCUUCUACCCCCGGUCGCCGCUGAUUCUCCAAUGGUCAAGACUCGUAUCCAAACUCUGGUAAAACAGGGAAAAUGGGAGGACGGAUUUGACUUGAUUCGAUGGAUCUGUGGACGCCCAGAAGAGCCAUGGGACUACCAGAGAUCUGUCUACGAGCUUGGAUUCCUGUGUCGGCACACAAUGUUAAGUAACAGUCCAGCUGUUCGUAUCAAAGGGGCCGAACAGAUAUACAGACUGCUUAAGUCAGACACGCGAGACGAUUUCUUCCAGACGCGCAAGUUUUCAACGCCGUCCAGUUGGACAAAGUCACAAUCCUGGAUUGACUUUUGGCUUAGCUUCCGCGCUCAGCUUGGCUGGGUAGCGUGGGAGAUUUCGAAGGAUGAUCCGGGCAUGAGGACAAUUAAAGACAACCUCGAGUCGAUGGGUGUACAGGAAACACUCCAAAACAGCGACAACCCCACUCUCGAAACAGAUGAUCUCAAAACUACCACCCGAGUGCUCAAGCACUGGCUCACGAUCGAUCAUGAUCGUGAAGGGGGUUUGUCAAUUGAGGAUGGCGACGAGAUCUGCUUUGAUUGGACCAUCCGCAACUCUCAUUAUGCAUUGCUUUACUUCCUAUUGCUGAGAAUGAUCGAAUUGAGUGAAGAGAAUCCGAGUAUACCACAAGUUGCUUUCACCACUAGCGCCAAGUAUCGAGUUGGCUGGGCGAUGGAGCUUCUCAUUCGGCACGACCUAGACAUUGAUUCAGUUGACGCAUUCAACCACUCGGCAUUGAUUCAGUCUAUUGCAAUCAGCGACUUAAGUGGUGCUCAGUUGUUGCUUGAUUAUGGUGCAAUUGUUCAUGGCGCCGACAGACCACGCGCACCGAGACCCCUGAUUGCAGCCGUUGAAGUUGGAAACGUCGAUAUGAUCGAGCUCCUUCUGCAAUAUGGUGCUUCCCCUCAUGCUUUCGACAGCAGGGGUCUGACCCCGAUGUGGUGGGCCAGUAGAUCCGGUGAAAUAAAACUCGUGGACGUUCUUUUACGCCACGGCGCGCCUAUCGAUCCAAUUGAAUGCCACGAGACCCCGUUACUGUUUGCUGCAUCAGAAGAGCAGAUUGACAUGUUGAAAUUCCUCAUCGAAAAAGGGGCAAACAUUAAUGCCCGCGAUAGCGACGGCCACACUGCGCUCAUGUCUGCAGCAGCGAAGGCUAAGUCUGAAAUCGUGGACCUUUUGGUGGGAAACGGAGCUGAUGUGCACAUGCAUGAUAGUGAAGGCAUGACAGCAUUGGAUCUGGUCGGGGAGGGACAUCAAGCUCUUGUGGAAAGGCUACAAGACCAGGAUAAUAUGAGCUCUAGGGAUUUGGAUUUGAUACACGACUUGCAAGCCCACUGCUUGCAUAUCGAAGCUGUGCUGGAGCAAUUCUCUUAA